AUGACCUUCAUCUUAAUAUGGAUAACAACCUUCAAAAACGGUAACACAAGUCGCGCGGAAGCAGUCGGAAAUCUGACUGACUUAUUAUUUCUAGCUUAUCGAAUCGAUUCUUCAAUCAGGCCCUACAUACAUGUAAAGUUUCUCGAGGAGGAAGACCACCGGGUGUUCGAUAUCACAUUUGCGGGUGUUGCGAUUCAGUGUAUAUUAGCGGUUGCCGGAUAUUCUUGGAUGUACGCCCUCACCAGACGACCGAAACUCUCGCUACUCGCAGCUGUACCUCCCUUCGCACUUAACAUCCUCCACAUUGGAACGCACGAACUCUCACCGGCUCUCGACGUUUUUACGUGGCUCUCCUACGGAGUGAUACAUUUCGUAUCGCCUUUCCUCGCAGCAUUCUGGCUUUGGCUCUUUGCCUCACCCGGCGUUGUAUCGAUCUUCGCAUGGUCAUUUGGAAUCCAAAACUGCUUAGGAAUUAUCACCCAUCUUUCUUUUCCAACUGCUGCCCCAUGGUAUGGCGAUCAGUACGGAUAUCCUUUACCUCCCGGAAACUACAGCAUGCCAGGUUCUGCGGCGGGUCUUGUCCGAGUUGAUGCAGUUUUGGGAACACACAUUUAUCAGAACGCUUUCAAGGCUUCUCCCCUCGUUUUUGGUGCCUUCCCAUCACUCCACGGCGCCUUCAGUUGCUGUUGUUUUUUCUUCAUCGCUCGCUACUCCAGACGAGGUGCAUUCAUGCUUGGGUUCUACGUUUUAUGGCAAUGGUUUUCGACCAUGUACUUGCGACACCACUGGCGCCUUGAUCUAUUGGGCGGGCUCACAUAUUCAGCUUUCGCGUUUUCGAUAUUUUAUAGGAGCUUGCAGCGCAUGGAUAGAGCGUAUGCCUUGGGUGCUUCGGGGGGCAAUGGUUGGCAACGGCUUUUUGAGAACACUCCAUUACAACAUGUCUUUGAUGGAAAGUCUGAUUAUCAAGUUGUUCGCGAAUCAAGUGACGACGAGGAAUAUUUCAGCAGGAGCACAAGUGGGGAGAUGGAGGAGAGAACAUCAGCAGACUUAGAGGCACAGCGGUUGGAUGAUUUAGAGCGAAGUUGGCAGAGCAAGCAUCCUUCACAGAGGAGUACAGUUAUUAGCUGUUAA